UUCAAAAGAAACAGAUUGAAAUAAAUUGAACACCCGUUCCAUUAGGGAUAUUCAACAGUGAAAAUGACAUCAAAACAAACUCCAGUCAUCAAGUGAAAAUACGUCGUUGAAGACAAUACAUACCAUCAUUCACAUGUGGUUAGUGAACCUUUAUUGAUUAUAGAAAAUCCUACAGUGUGAAUCAACCUAUUUCGGUUUCACAAACAUGUAAUUUUGAAGAGAAACCUAUUUGAUUUUAUAUCAAACUAAUAAAUUAUGAUUAAUUGAAGAGAAAGGAGAAGUUCAAAAUGGAAUCCAGUGAAUAGAUGAACGAAAACUUGAGUGAUAAUAUUAGUGUUUGAUUUAUUGGGGGAUCUAAUCCUCAGUUUUUGUGUUGAGUGAGUGAGUGAUCCGUUCAUAUGGUUCAGCAAGGAAAUAUGGCGGCGAUGGAGGACUCCUCUGUAGAACUGCUCAUCAGCAAGCUGUCGGAGCUGGAGCUGCGAGUGGUUCAGGCGGAGUCCAGGGCAGAAGAGGCAGAAUGCAAGGUUCGGAUUAUGGAGCAGCAGCUGGGGCAAGCGGGUGGUGGGGUGCCGGGGGAGGGGGGUGACCCCCACAACGCCAUUUCCACACUGGCUAGCCAGGUCGAAGAACAGCGGCAGUUGCGACUGCAAGAUGCCAAGCAGGUAGAAGCGAAAGCAGCGCGCAUCAAGGAAUGGGUGACCAACAAGCUGCGCGAACUGGAAGCGCAAAACCAGCAUUUGCGCGAGCAGAACCACAAGUGCAACCAACAGCUGGAGCUACUGCGCAGACACAUGGCGCAGCUUAGUGCCGAACGCAGUGUGGCCAACCUCAGCACGGCUGCCAACCAGGCCAGUGUUGCCAACUUGAGCGCCAGUGAGCCACGACCCAGUUCAUUGCUCAGGGCUAACAGCACUGGAUCUACUAGAGGCUUGCUAGAAGUGGAACCGGUGUACGCCGAGGUGGACCGGCGCAACGGUGGUGCCAGCGCCCAGAACGGAGGCAAUGGUGGCGAGCCGCCGAAGAGCUGCACCGGCGCCACCGGUUCAACAGUGCUGGGACACCGGCGCCAUCUGUCGGCGUGUGCCGGAACUAUGACCAGUCCGUCGCAGCAGCUGAGCGAAGACCUGCAGGCCGCAGUUGAUGGGUUGGCUCUGUUGCCCGUUCAUAUCCGACCCAAGUCCGAUUGUGUGGAGACUGACUCCUGGCAUGACUACGCCGAGAUCUACACGCCGAGUCGCGAGAAGAACGCGCCCAACUGGGAGGUGCUACCCCCGAAACCACCGACACCCCCGCUGCACAGGUUCCCCUCGUGGGAGUCCCGCAUCUACCAGGUGGCCAAUGAGGGUCUGGCCACAUCCACCCUGCAGACAGACUCCACCAACAACAACCACAACCCUCCAUCACAGGGCUACUGCGACAUCAGUGUGCCCGUCUAUGCUACUGUCAAGGGGAGGGCAAGUCAGAUCCGAUCGAUGCCUUUCACUGAAGACUCGUCGGAUGACUCAUCGGACGGCGAGGCCGAACAUACCAGCAAUGCCAUGAACCACAGCGGCACACGUGCUACAAACAGCAGUAGCGACAAUACCGACACAUCAUUCGAGUCCGGUAUGUCGGACGACUACGCGAUUCCGCCGGACGCCGUGUCGUGCGAGUCGAUCGAGUGGUCGAUGGUGCUGCGACAGACGGAGAGUCCGAGUCGCGUGCCGCGCAUCAACGAGUCGCUCGAGAAGAGCGGUCACCUCGCCAAGCUCGGCGGCAAGCUCAAGACUUGGAGGCGGAGGUGGUUUCUGCUCAGCAAUGCCAAGCUGCGCUACUGGAAGUCACAGAACGAUAUGAAUAGAAAGCCUCAAGGUGAAAUCUCAAUAGACGAGCAAUGCAGAAUAGUGAGGGCUGAUGGAGCCGCUACUUUCGAAAUAGCAACUGGAAAAAAGACUUAUUACCUGACUGCCGAUUCCAUAUCUGCCAUGGAAGACUGGGUUAGAGUUUUACAGAAUGUACAAAGAAGAAAUGCAACCAAACUAUUACUUAGCAAAGAACACAAUAAACCCACGCUUCAAGGCUGGCUCACCAAAGUUCGUAAUGGACAUGCGAAAAAGUGUUGGUGUGUUCUGCUCGGAAAAAUGUUCCUAUACUUCAAGACGCCUUCAGAUAAUUUCAACCCCACGCUGGCCACCGCAGGAGACGAGAGGACUCUACAGAGGGACCGAGAUCUCGCCACCUUCAGGAGGAUUCCUGCUGUCCUUAUAUCAUCCGAAGGAGAAGACGACACCGACGCCGACGCCGACGCUGACGACAACCGGAACAUCGCCCACCAACCUCAAUCGACUGAUCUCGAGAAUAACAAUGAUCUCGAUGACCCCGACGAAUUUGACAUGGACGAACUGCUUAGAUUUAACACUAACACAGACAUUCCCUCAGUAGACACCGUCACACUUGACGAUUUUCUUCAACAUGUAGAAAAGAACAGCCUAGGCCUGUUGACACAGAGGGCCGAAUGGGGCCACAAUUUGGCCGAGUUCGAGAAGCGGUUCGGGCCUGCGCAGACGGGCAAUGAGGGCCCUCAGUGGCUGCGCAACCUCUACUUCGUCUACCUGCUGGAACUGCGUGCACUUGCCAAGGCGGCGCCCUACCUCGAGCGAGAGCAGUACUACACUGGCAACGCCGAACAGGACUCGGACACCAGGCUUGCCAUCAACGACUUGUUGUCUGUUGUCAAAUCCUUCCCGGAUCAUUUCAACGAGAGCUCAAUGUUCUCCGGUGGCGAGCAGGCUCGCAAACUGAAGGAAGAGUUUCGUAUGCAUUUCCGAAACAUAUCGCAGAUAAUGGACUGUGUGGGUUGCGACAAGUGUAAACUGUGGGGAAAACUUCAGAUUCAAGGCUUGGGAACGGCUUUGAAAAUCUUGUUUUCCGGAAAGUUUGACAAACUGACUGACUCGUGGCUGUAUCACCUGACCGUGGUGUCCGGCGCUGGUGGCCUAGUGGUGGGCACCCAAUAUGAGCAGCUGGUGCAGAAGCUGAUGGAGUCGGAUGGUGACCCCGGCUGUGUGCUGUGGCGACACCCCCACCUCCUACACACCAAGGACACCAUCAGUGCACCACUCACCACGCUCUCAUCAGAGAGUCUACAGGCUGAGGCUAUCAAGCUGUUCAAGUGUUGCCAGCUGUUCAUCUCGGUGGCAGUGGAGUCGGCUGGCAUCGACUAUCACGUGGUGCUGGCGCAGAACGCUCUGCAACAGUGUCUCGACCAAUGGGAGUUGCAGGCAGAACUGCUCUGCGCAUUGGUCAAGCAGACCUCGCGCCACACACAGUCCAAGCUCGGCGUCCAGCAACUGCUUCUGUGCGCCACGCAGUCGCUGUUCGCAUGCGACGCUGCAGCAGCCGGCUCGCCAACGGUGGGCGUGGCUCCUCCCACCACAGGGGGCGGGGCCAGUGGCGGUGGAGGUGGAGGAGGAGGCGUGGCCAGCAGCCUGCUCGACCACUGCAAGGCCAAUCCGCCACAGUUUGCCUUCUUCCAGGGCUGGCAGCUGCUUGCAUUGGCUGUCUCGCUCUUUGUGCCCAAAAACAACAAGCUGCUCUGGUAUCUCAAGCUGCAUCUGCAGAGGAACUCUGAUUCUAAGUCUGAUUGUGGCAAGUACGCUGCAUACUGUGAGAGGGCCCUUGAGAGGACGAUUCAAAAUGGCGGCAGGGAAGUAAAACCGUCACGAAUGGAAGUGCUUUCAAUACUGCUCAAAAACCCCUAUCACCACUCUCUACCUCAUUCUAUACCAGUGCACCUUCUCAACGGCACUUAUCAGGUUGUUGGAUUCGACGGAUCGACAACAAUUGAGGAAUUUCUGUCGACUCUGAACCAGGAGAUUGGCUGCCGAGAGUCGGCCAGCUCAGGCUUCAUGCUGUUCAGUGACGAUCCCAUUGAAAAGGAUCUUGAACACUACAUUGAACCGGCUGCCAAACUGUGCGACGUGAUCUCGAAAUGGGAGACGGCGCUGCGUGAGAAGGGCUCGGGCAAGUUCGAGAACACACGCGUGAUCCAGCUGAUCUACAAGAACCGGUUGUACUGGCGACACGCGGCCAAGAUGGAGACGGACCGCGAACGGCUGCUGCUCUGCUAUCAGGUCAACCAACAGGUCGUCAAUGGACGAUUCCCUGUCAACCGCGACCUCGCGCUGGAGUUGACCGCCCUUAUGGCUCAGAUUGACUUUGGCGACUACAACGUGGAGAAGGGAAGAGGUAGCGGCGGAUCGUCGAGGGAUUUGCAAGUGCUUCAGGCUCUUGAUAAGUUUUAUCCUUAUCGCUAUCGGGAUAAUCUCGCACCUGACACUCUCAAAGAGUUGAAAGCCGGUCUACAAGAGAAGUGGAUCUCACUUAAGGGACGCAGUCCUCUUGACUGCGUGCGCAUCUACCUCACCUGCACUCGCAAGUGGCCGUUUUUCGGCGCGUCUCUAUUUCAGGCCAAGUGGAAACAAGCGGGCAGCGAGGGUUCAGGCAGCGUGGUAUGGAUGGCGGUGGGGGAGGACAGUGUGACCCUCCUGGAGCUGGGGGGGAUGCAACCCCUGGCCCGCCACCCCUAUUCGUCGGUGCUGACCUUUGGAGGCUGCCAGGAUGACCUCAUGCUAGUGGUCAGUGCCAACGAGGGUCUCGGGUCGCAGAAACUGCUCUUCUCGCUUAGCAAACCAAAGAUUCUGGAGGUAACCCUUCUGAUAGCGGACUACAUGAACGCUCUGGGUCGCGGAGGCACGCCAUUGGCUGGCACUCUGACACGCACAGCCCAACCUGACAUCCUCAAGGCCACGCCCGAUCAACACCAACAGCUGACUCGCUCUGACUCCAAGAAACGCACCGAAUCCUCAUGACACUAACCUAACCUCAACCUUACCUAACCUCAAACCUUCACUUGUUGAUGAUGUUAGACCACGCCCACCUCCGAACAUGCACAAUAAAUAUAAGCUACUAGAUGAUUAACUGUAAAACAAAGUACAGCUCGUGAUAUGAAUAAUGAAUCAAUAAUUAAUAAAUCGAUAAUGCUGCUAUAUAUAAAUCAAACCAAAGAUCCAGGUCGUAUGUUUCUGUUAACUUUUAGAUAGAUAGUACCGUAUUAAUGAAGUAACGAAAUUGUGUAAUAAGUUAAUCCAAUUUUAACUCUUAAGGUGAGAUAAUCUAUAGGACUAAUAUGAAAAGUAUACUUUUUUACUAUAUUAGUUAUAGAUUUAUUAGAGAUAAUAUUCAGUUAAUUGUUUAUUUAUUGUUUUUCGUUUAGUAUAACUUACCGUAACGUUGAGUGUGAAAUAAUGUGUGAUGCAGCUUUCAAGAUGCAAGAUUGUCCUUAAAAGGAUUUUUUUUCUAUGUGGAAUUUUUAUAUAUUUAUUUUAAUGAGUAGUAGGCUAAUAAAUGUCUGGUAUAAUUCAAUAGCGCAUUAUACUAAAUUAAUACACACAGUGACAUGAAAACAGGACAUCCUUAUAUUAGUUGGUAUUAUGAUUUUACUUUUCAAUCUAUUGGCUCUUCUCGAAAUGCCUGUAUGAAUCAGAUUUGCAAGAUUAAUGGUCGCUUUCUCUAAAAACGUUACACUCAGAUUCUAGUUUAAACAAUCAGCUGACUCAGUUGAAACAUAUUAUAAUAGAUGCAACCAUACAUCAAUCAAACGGGUUUAAAAUAGUCAAACCAACUUUGGAGAAAGCGACUCUAAACAGGAUAAAUUUAAGCUAUGUUUCACCUUAGAUUAUCCAAAAUGUCCUUAUAAUAUGCAGCAAAAUUCUUUAUUUUCAAUGACUUUUCUAUAGUUCCUCGCAAUUGUCGAUACAUUAGCUACAAACUGUUCAUUUUUUGAAAGGUGAAGUGAACUUCGUUCAGUGAGUUUUCCUGAAUGAUGAAUUCUCAUACUGGUAACACUACAAGAAUUGAUGAGUUUUCUCCAAUCAUUUCUUAGCUUUGAGAAAGAGGUGUAAUUUUAGGUAUGCUGUUUUCCAAACAAUCAGAAUAAUUACUUCUUCAUUAUAUAUAGCCUACAUUUGAUAUUAAAUCAAUGGUUAAAUUUAAGCUUACUAUAUUAAGGCUUUCCCACGCACAAUGAUACCCCAAUAAGACGAUUUUUAGCGUAAGUCAUCAUGCAAGUAGAUAAAUAAAUUGAUACCUCACUACAAAACUGGAUCACAUGUUGUUCAUUUUAACAAGUUAUUCUAUAGAGUUGAAAGCCACAUUAAACUCAGGUUUAGUUUAAUAGAAGAAUAAUGAUCGUAAAUUCAUAGAAUCCAAAAUUUGUAUAUUUUUACAGAGGUUUCAUUCUCUGAAUUAUUGUAAUAGAAAGUAAUCUUUUAUUUCUAUUAGUAUUGUUUUAUUUGAUGGCUGCCUUUGAAAAUUUAAAAUAUAAUGAUCGCUUGAGUGAAUCAAUAUAAUAAAACUGAACAAAUGUAAUUAUAUUAUAAGUAUAUGACUGAAAAAUAAUAAUGAUCAAAUGUGGCUAAAGAUAUAAAAUGGAAAUGUGUGAAUCUGAAAUUGAUAUAAUUGUUAAUUAAAUCAGUUCUAUUAGGUUGUAUUUCUUGGGUUGUAAUUUUUCUGUUAGUGAAUUUCUUUUAAUUUUCUAGUUAUCCACACAUUUUGAUAAUACCUACUGGUAAUACAUUUUUACUGUAUCACUACCGUAGCUAAAAAAUAUAACAAUAUCUUAUCUAAAACAUUAGGAUUAUUUCUUGAAGACGUUCGAUUGGCAAUAAAAGAUGGGAGACUUUUUCAGUUGAUUAUAAAAUAGAAUUUUACCCAAUUUUUUAAUUUGUCGCUCAAUUAAACAUUUUGUCCCACUUUUAAAUUACUGUUUAUACCUGAUGUGAACCUCAUAAUAUGAAGAGAAAGUAAUGAAAAUAAUUCAAAGUAAAUAUUUUAGAAUUGCAACUGAAAGUUCCAAUCCUUUGGUAAUAAGUAAUAUUAUAAUUUUGAUCGAUGUAAUUUUCAUUUUUUGUCGUUGAUUAUUCUUCAUAAUGAAGUAAUGAACAUGCCAAUAAUCUUGCCUAAUAUGAAGAAAUUAAUAGAUGAAGUAGCUAAUUACCUAUAAUCGAAAAAAUUGAGCUUAAUACCGCAGCUAAAUCAAUGUUACUACCAAUUGUAUGAAAGCCAUUAUGUGAGUUUUUGUGACUUGAUACAGUUUUUAAUACCUACCACUUCCCUCCAUAAUAAUAAAUUAGAAGCUUAUAAGUUAUACGACUUAACUCAUAAUUUGUUAUUUCCUUCUAUAGAAAUAUUAUAAGUUUACAAACUUUAAAUAAUGAAACAGACUUAAAAUCAACUUCAAAUACUAUACGUCCAAUACAGGGAUUAUAAUAACAUCACACUUUUUAAUGAUCUCUUCCUGACGCCCAACUAGUAUUUCUAUCAUAACUUGACAACUAUAGUGAGGUCCACGUUAUAAUGACAGUAUUUGAUCAACUUUGGUUUUGCUAUUCUUGUCUAUCAUUCGACAAAGCCGGUGGUACUAUCCUUUUCUAGGUCCAGAACGAUGCCAAUUAUUUUUUUGACAGUGUAGAAAUAUAAUUAAUUAAUGCAGAGAAUCGGCAUCGCUAUUCUCCUAUCUUUAUCCAGUGCCAUUAUAACGUGGACCUCACUAUAGAAACAUUAUUUUCUUCUUCUGAUUGUUACUUUCCAUCCUUUUCCUUAUUUCUUACCAACAAAAACCACCCCUAUCCUUAAUAAUAUUAUAAAUUUUUGUAUUAGUAUGUAUUAUAAUUGUCUACUAUAGGCAGUUGAUCGGCCUGUACGUGGUUUGAUAUAGAUAUUUUUCGUAUAGUAAAUAGUAAUCAUAUUCAAUAUAAGUAUUUGCUCGUUGACGAAAGCAUUAAAUGUAUACACUGUGUUAUAGUAAAAUUGAUAGAAGAUUAUUGUAAUUUUUUAUAACAAAGAAAUAUUAUUUAUAGAGAAUGUAAAUUAUGUACAUAUAAUAAUUAUGUUUGCGAAGUUUUGUAUGUUUGUUCGUUUGUUACACUAAUUACAAAUUCACUCUGAUGAUAAUAGUAUAUAGUUCUCCGAUAGAAAUUAAAAUAUUGUAUUUGUUGGGAACUCUUAAAACAAUUUCGAUGUAGGAUAAUAUGUUACCCGUAUUAUGUUUCAAAAACUGAAGAUCUUAACUUGAAUUAUAACAAUUAGUUGGAGAUAAUUAUGAAACGAACUUGAAUAAUAACUGACUUGAACUUUUUAUAUUCAUAAUUUUGUCAUUUUUAACACGAUAAGUGUGGAACUUAUUAUAAUGUAGCCUAAUUAUUUGUUUAUUAACGUACGGUACUUUACUUAUAUUAAUAAAACUUUGAUUAACAAUAAAGCAGUUUAUGACAUGGGUAACAAUUGAAACCAUCUGGAAUUCUUAAAAUCAUUUGCAUACUCAACUGUACUUAAGGUAUUAAAUUUUAUUCAAAAUCAAAUAUUUGAACUACCCUAUCCAAUAUUUUUAAUAUUGUAAUCAUGUUAAAUAAUUAAUUUUCGUGCUGCGUGCUUGUAUAUCCUGCGCGUACUAAUGUUAAAAAUUAUAAACUCAAAUUUAUUGAUUUUUGUUGAUACUUUUAUGAUAUUUCUAAAAUGAACUUACAAGAUUACAAUUCAAUUAGAAAGAAUGGUGCAUUAAACCAUAAGUAAUCGACUUGAAAGAAUUGUUUUAAUGAUACUGGAAAAAAUGAUUAUUCAUAUAAUAAUUUUUUUGUAACAAUCGCUAAUGAUUUUGGUGAAUAGACGAACUACUUAGUUUGAAA